AUGUCGCCAGAGUACUGGGAGAUACAAAACAAUCGCAAAGAACACAAGGGCGACAUCGAACUUGAUGCGAAUGUCAAAAAGUCUCGAAUCGAAGCCGAGGUCGAUGGGAACCAACUGUCAUACUUUUUGAAGCUGGCGGAGGGAAGAGAAGCUCGCUCCAUGCUUGACGAGUCCUCAAAAUUGAUCAAUAAAGCCAUUCCCAACCUCUCUCCAAAACCAUUAGCCUGGGGGAAAUGCGAGAAGCCCGGGGGCGAGUUUGACAAGUACUUCCUCAUCUUCACAUUCCACUCACUGCUUGAAGACAAACCCAAGCCUAGACCCGACAUUCCGCGUUUCGCCGAAGCAGUGGCUCAGCUCCAUACCCUCAGCAUGAAAGAGUAUGCCACGUCGAACCCUGAUGAAAAGUUUGGAUUCCAUGUAACCACCUACAACGGGACGCUUCCGCAGGACAAUACUUGGACCAAGUCCUGGAAAGAAUUCUACGUUGCAGGAAUGGAGCGGAUGUUGGCACUGGAGGAAGAAGCAAGAGGGCCGAGUGAUGAACUGAAGAAGCUUUCAGAACCCUUCCUCAGAAAGGUCAUCCCAAGGCUUCUUGAUCCCAUGGAAACAAAUGGCAGAAGCAUCAAGCCUGUGCUGCUUCAUGGUGAUUUGUGGUUGGGAAACGUCUCUUGCCAGAAGGCGUCUGAAAAUAACGAUCCGCUGUUGUUCGAUGCUGCAGCUUUCUGGGGCCACAACGAGUACGAGCUUGCUACUCUGCGUCCCUUGGCAGAUGAUUGGAUCAAAGAGUGUUAUAGAGCUUACCACGAGCUCGUUCCAAAAUCCGACCCCGAGGAAGACUGGGAUGCCCGUAAUGCCCUCUAUGCAACGCGCCUCAUCAUCCACGACUCGGCAAUUUACCCGGAUCAACCUCACUUCAGAGAAAUGAACGUCCCCAUCUCCCAGUAUGGCAACGACAAGUUGCACCAGACCCCCAACGCAACUUACAGAACCUGGACGAUGACGCUCUCCAGGACACUCACACUUGCACUCGCGAUGCAAGGAGCUACACAGCACAACUGCGUUACACGGAACCUUGACGCCGGAAUCAAGCUCCCAGAUGAGGAUGUCAUUCGAGUCGAGAUCAAGCGCCGUCUGUCGUGUGGUGCGCCGUCUGCACAGAUUGGACUAUCGCGACUGUUCCUGGGCCUAAAGAAGGAACGUAUCCUUUCAACCCGAAGCAGUUCCGCGUAA